AUGCGGUCGGAUAGCCCUCGUUCUGGGACUCACGCUCUUCUCCAGAAUCCUCCGAUUCGGGCUUGUCCUCAUCCUGAUUCGACCGGGCCAACAUCAUUCCCAGACAAGCGCCGCCCAUGGGAGGCUGGGGUGCGAUCCCCAUCCCCUGGGGAAUCCAACACGGCCUGGGCGGCAGACCUUUUGGAACCCAUGGUUUCUGCUCGUUUAGGAGUUUUCUUGGCCUUGGCCUCGGCCUGCACAUUGGAAGUAGGGGUAUCACCCGGUUUUCCGGAAGACAAGACAAGCUUGUCCCUUGCAUCUCUCGCUUGUGUCCUCCUCUACUUGCAGCAGGUGGGCUUCCUAGAACAUACCCAACGGAGGGCAGGUCUCGCAGCACAUCUGGUGUUAGAGGAGGCAGAGGCUGUCCUCUUGCCUGGUGGGAGAGAGAGCUCUCUAGUGGAUUUAGUUGCGCGUGGCCAAUGACUGGCGCUUUACUAGCGGGAAGAGAACGCUUCCGAUACGAAACCUUAGAGUUAGAACGCACCAAUUGGCUAGGUUCUUCAACUCCGUCCCCGGCCUACCUCCUACCUCGUUUUCCUAUGUAACAUGGAGUGUCAUCAGGGAAAAUAAAACCCUUUCAAGUUCAGACUCCGAACCAAUAGUUCCUGAUGGACUGUUGGGUGAGUAUAUUGAUCUCUAUUCUCAGCCAACAACUACUACCAAUUAUGGCGCCCACGGUCAGUUGUGA